AUGACAUCACCUAAACUAGAUGAGCCAAUUGAAGUUGAGAAACGAUACAAGAUUUUAGAGUCAAAACUUCAGGAUCUUUACAAUCGGUCAAACACAAGCCUACGAAUCUCGGCAUCAGAUUUUACUACUCUCAAAAAUAAUGCCACCGCUAAAGGAAUCAUGUAUCCAUCAGUGAAUAAUGUUAAUCAGCUCCCUCAAGUGAUGACUGAGGACGAGAUGGUGACUUUUAUUGAAUCCACGCUUAUACCGAAACUUAAUUCCAAAGAGACCUCUGAAUUCGAUUAUGACUACAGAGCGUUGGUCACAAGCUUACCCUACUUUUCUUCAGAAGAAGCUUUACCCGUGCUUAAAAUCAAGGAUGGACGGGAGAAGAAGGCGAUAAACAAAUAUGUUCAAGAACUUACGAGUUAUAAUUACAUCAAAGUGCCACAGAUUGAAUUAAAGGUAAUGGAAAUACUUGAUUUGAUGAUUCGAAACAGAGCUGAAUUGUUCAGCCUGGAAACGUAUCGGUCGUUGGUGAAGCUGUACUCGAUGAGAUAUCAAUUUGAUCGGGUGAUGGAGAUCUUUGGGUUGAUGGAUAAAAACGAGAUGUCGGGAGAUAUUCAAUCAUACAACAUUGCGAUCUAUGAGUCAAUGAAGACGGGAAAUAAGUACAGAUUGCGACAAGCGGCAUAUUUCUGUAGGGAAUUGAAUGAGAGAUCCAAGCUCGAUCUCCUCACAGUGAAUGCAAUAGCUGCAGGAUUGAAAAACGAGAAAGAUAUGCUUAAAAUGGUUUCCCUAAUGGAUGCAUAUCGACUUCCAUACUACUUUUCAAAAACAUUCUUCAGCCGAAUAGGUAUCCGGUACUCUCGUUCGCUGGGAUUAGAAGAACAGUUGGACCCCGAACGAUUUAGCAGACACGAAUUAAUGUGCAUUGUAAAUUUAUGGCUAAAGGAUGAGGUCGAGGCAGAGAGAGAAGACUACGAUAUUGUGAAACUUUACCAGGAAUUUGAUUUGUAUGUGAGAAAGAAUCUCUUGCAGCCAACACGUCGCAGCUUUGACUUGUUGCUCGGAUAUUUAAUUAAAAGGGAACAGAACUUCCCCUACGCAGUGGCUUUCUAUCACUUUUUUCAAACAAAAUAUGGCAGUGGCUUAUCAGAUUUGCCGAACGAGUUAAACGAGUGGGAAGUAUUCGGAUGGUUGAUAGAAACUUUGAUUCAUUCAGGAUCGUUGAACGACCCUGAAAAAUCACCGAAUUGGGAUAAAACUGUAAGGUACGUCUAUAUGAAAUCGAUUGACCCUGCAUCAGGGCAGUCGACGGUGAGGCUGGAGGUUGUAGAAAGUUUGAAUUUAGUUGCACUAAAAAGGAAAAUUUUUGGUUUUAACCUGAACAACAGGCUUACGCUGAUGGAGGUGGAGGAGUUGGAGAGACAACUGAAGAAACUUAGAUGGACAAAGACCAUGCCUACGUGGGGUUUCGAGGAUAACCACCUUGCAUUUCGACAGGCUUCAUACUACUUUGGGUGGGUUCACAAACCGGCAGCUGACAGUCGUCUAAUUGGCACCGUUAGUUCCAUUAAAUCCAUUGAAUCCAUUGAGUCCGUUGAUUCCGUAGGUUCCGUUGGUUUUAUUGGUUCUAAAAAGGCCUCGUCUUACGAGAUAAACAAGCGGCAGAAAGAAAUGAAACAGGAAUUACGCAGGUCGAAGCAUAAACGCAGAGGCGCCCAGGCCAUAAAAGGCAAGGUUCCAAAAUCUGUUAUGAAACUAAUCAACAAAUCUGAUAGUGAGGGAUUAAUUGACAAUGGCCCAUACGACAUAUGGAUUACGAACCUAUACGCAACCUCCCAAAAAGAGAAAAGAAAUGCUUAG